AUGAGAGGCGCAUUCGGAUUCUCCUCCAAGAUUUGUCUUUCUCUGCGGAUUGUACGGAACAGACUUUUCACCAGUAAGGACAAAGGACGCCGCUGCUGAUGACGACGGGACCAGAGUCCAACAAGAGAGUCCCUGCUAAACAUUUGGAUGAUCUGUGAGGCGCAAGUCUGGAAUUAGCCCACUGAAUAGUGUAAGCCAUGUACCAAGUGGUGCCAGGAGGAGCUGGGGGCACAAUUACAGAUGUUAUUCCCAAGCAGAAACACACCAAGGACUCUCGACCCUUAGUUGGAGCCGGUGUAAUCGGCCUGGUUCUGGUGAUCGCAGCUGUAACUGCCUGGUGUUACUACAUCGCCUCCCUACGCAAAGCUGAGCUGCUCAAGACUCAGUUGCUGGAUCUGAAUAAAGAUGGCUACAUUAUCCGCAACCAGGGAGGGUCGAUUGUUUUCAGGAUGGACUUCAGAUCUGGGACCCUUGAUUUAGACUCCUGCUCUAAAGAAGGAGAGAUUCUUCGAUGUGAUCGCACCACUGACAGAAAACUAAAAUUUUUCAUCGAGACAGUUCGACCCAAGGACACAGUGCAGUGCUACCGAGUGCGUUGGGAGGAACUGGUUUCUGACAUUCCUGUUGAGCAUGCCAUGACUUAUAAGUUUGCACAUUGGUAUGGAGGUGCUGUAUCAGCAAUUCAGCAUUGGCCUAUUUCUUUAUCUGGCCAACAGGCUCCCAAACCGUUUGUUACAAGCGACAUCUACUCAAACCGGAAUGAAUUUGGUGGAAUCUUGGAGAGUUACUGGCUCUCAUCCAACGCCACCGCCAUCAAGAUCAAUAAUUCUGUGCCUUUCCACCUUGGCUGGAAUGACACUGAGAAGACCAUGUACUUCCAGGCUCGAUACAAUGAUAGUCCCUUCAAACCAAACCCAGGGGAGGCACCAUGUGCUGAACUUAGCUACAGAGUCUGCGUAGGCUCGGAUGUGACAUCUAUACACAAGUACAUGGUCCGCAGAUACUUUAACAAACCUUACAAAGUACCUGCCAAAGUCAUGUUUGAGCAUCCUAUUUGGUCAACUUGGGCCUUAUACAAACAUAAUAUUGACCAAGAAAAACUUUUGUCAUUUGCUGCCAAUAUUCGUAAACACAACUUUAACUGUAGCCACCUGGAACUAGAUGACCGCUACACAAAGCGCUAUGGAGAUUUUGAGUUUGACCCAGUUAAGUUCCCUAAUGCUUCGGCCAUGUUUCAAAAACUCAAAUCUGAUGGAUUUCUGGUGUCUCUGUGGAUUCAUCCUUUUGUUAACUAUGAGUCAGACAACUUCCAUACCUGUGUGGAGAGGGGUUUGUUUGUCCGGGAGCCUACAGGCCAGCUACCGGCUUUAGUGCGUUGGUGGAAUGGCAUUGGUGGCAUUUUGGACUUUACAAAUCCAGAAGCCCGUGAUUGGUUUGCCUCCCAUCUACGUUCACUGCGUUCAAAGUAUGGGGUGUCCUCAUUUAAAUUUGAUGCAGGGGAGACCAACUACUUACCAUGGAAGUUUAGCACCAAGAACCCAAUUCGUGACCCAAGUUUUUUCACAAGACGUUACACAGAAAUGGCUAUCCACUACAAUGACCGAGCCGAGCUGCGCAGUGGAUACCAGUCCCAGAAUAUAUCUUGCUUCUUUAGACCUGUUGAUAGAGAUUCUGUGUGGGGCUAUGAGAUGGGUCUUAAAUCACUUAUUCCCACAGUGCUCACCAUCAGCAUCCUUGGUUAUCAGUUCAUUCUACCAGACAUGAUUGGCGGGAACGCUUAUCAGAACCACACAGAGGGAGGUCGGAUAUUACCCGAUCGAGAACUUUACAUUCGCUGGUUGGAGCUCUCAGCCUUCAUGCCUGCCAUGCAGUUUUCUAUUCCGCCAUGGGAAUACGACAACGAGGUGGUUGAAAUUGCUCGGAAAUACACAGCCAUUCAUGAAAGCAUUGUGGCACCACGUGUUCUUGAGCUGGCAGGCGAAGUUCUGGACACUGGGGACCCUAUCAUACGCCCCUUAUGGUGGAUCGCUACAGGUGAUGAGACAGCUUAUAAAAUUGACUCACAGUUCCUGAUUGGGGAUGACCUCAUGGUAGCUCCAGUUUUAGAGCCUGGAAAGCAGGAGCGUGACAUCUACCUCCCAGCUGGUAACUGGAGAAGCUACAAGGGGGAGAGAUUUGAAAUCAAAGAGCCCCUUCACCUCACAGACUAUUCUGUUGACUUAGAUGAAAUUGCCUACUUUGUCUGGGCAUAGAAAGAGUUUAAGUUUUGG